AUGGCACCCGUCGGAGGCAAAAGGACCAAGAAGGGCAUUCUAGAACGUUUAAAUGCUGGAGAGGUGGUGAUUGGAGAUGGAGGGUUUGUCUUUGCUCUGGAGAAGAGGGGCUACGUGAAGGCCGGACCCUGGACCCCAGAAGCUGCUGUAGAACACCCAGAAGCAGUCCGCCAGCUUCAUCGAGAGUUCCUCAGAGCUGGAUCGAACAUCAUGCAGACCUUCACCUUUUAUGCUAGUGAAGACAAGCUGGAGAACAGGGGAAACUAUGUUGCAGAGAAAAUAUCUGGGCAAAAAGUCAACGAAGCUGCUUGUGAUAUUGCCCGGCAAGUGGCUGAUGAGGGAGAUGCUUUGGUGGCAGGAGGUGUGAGUCAGACACCAUCGUACCUCAGCUGCAAGAGUGAAAACGAAGUUAAAAAAAUAUUUCAGCAACAGUUAGAGGUCUUCAUGAAGAAGAACGUGGAUUUCUUGAUUGCAGAGUAUUUUGAACACGUGGAAGAAGCUGUAUGGGCAGUAGAGGCAUUGAAAGUGUCUGGUAAACCAGUGGCAGCUACCAUGUGCAUAGGACCAGAGGGAGAUCUGCAUGGAAUGACCCCUGGCGAGUGUGCAGUGCGGUUGGUUAAAGCAGGUGCUUCCAUCGUUGGUGUGAAUUGCCAUUUUGACCCCACAAUUAGUUUACAAACAGUGAAACUCAUGAAAGAAGGCUUGGAGGCCGCUGGAUUGAAAGCCCACCUGAUGACCCAGCCCUUGGCCUAUCACACUCCCGACUGUGGCAAACAGGGGUUUAUUGAUCUCCCGGAAUUUCCCUUUGGACUGGAGCCCAGAGUUGCAACUAGAUGGGAUAUUCAAAAGUAUGCCAGAGAGGCCUACAAGUUGGGUGUCAGGUACAUUGGUGGUUGCUGUGGAUUUGAGCCCUACCACAUCAGGGCAAUUGCAGAGGAGCUGGCCCCAGAAAGGGGAUUUUUGCCACCAGCUUCAGAAAAACAUGGCAGCUGGGGAAGUGGUUUGGACAUGCACACCAAACCCUGGAUUAGAGCAAGGGCCAGGAGGGAAUAUUGGGAGAAUCUUCGGAUAGCCUCAGGCAGGCCAUACAACCCUUCAAUGUCAAAGCCUGAUGCCUGGGGAGUGACCAAAGGAACCGUGGAGCUGAUGCAGCAAAAAGAAGCCACAACUGACCAGCAGCUGAAGGAGCUCUUUGAAAAACAGAAAUUCAAAUCUGCACAGUAG